AUGUGGCGCAUCCCAACAGACACCCCCCAAGUCGCGGUCCCUAACCCUGGACUCAAGCUUGCCGAAGUGACGGUUGACACUCCGUUGGAUGAAGUUUUUAAGUACUGGAAGGAAAGCGGCGGCAUCAUUUUAAAGAACAUCCUGACUGUCGCGGAAGCAAACCAAAUCACAACCGAACUCGAGCCGCGCCUUAACUCGGUCCAACGGGGCUCAUUAGUCCCGCACUAUGAUCUUGCUGCCUUUCAUGGCACCAAAACUAAGCGUGCAGGUGAUAUCAUCAAUCACAGUGCCACCUUUCGAGAUAAAAUUCUUGAAAAUGACUUUAUACACUCCAUCUGCAAAAGGUGCUUUAGCGAGGGCGGGCAUAAUGGAGACUACUGGCUCUCUGCGGCCACGACACUGAAUGCGUCUGGGCCGCAGCCAGCGCAGGUCUUACAUCGUGACCUGACAUCCUAUCCACCAUACGCCCAGCUUGGGCCCGAGGGUACAGAACCACAAAUCAACUUUCUCUUUGCCUUUUCAGACUUUACGGCUGAUAAUGGCGCAACGCGUCUCAUCCCGGGUAGUAACAAAUGGCCCUUUGACCAGCGUGGAAAUAUGGAGCAAACAAUCCCAGCCGAGAUGAAAACAGGAGAUUGCCUACUGAUUGGUGGAAAAGUGAUACAUGCCAUGGGUGAGAAUAAAACCAACACGGAAAGGAAAUGCACACAGCUUACAGUCAUCCCGAGUUUCUUGACUCCGGCUGAAGCACAUCCAUUCAUAAUCAAGUUGGAGACGGUGAAGAAGUUGUCAAAGCGUGCACAGCGAUUUGUGGGAUUCAGGUCACAAUAUCCUCGAGGAUCACCUGGGCUGUGGACCAAGGAUUACAUUGAAUUGGCAUUGCAUCUAGGCUUGGAUGACCUUGGGGGUGCUAUGGAGGAUUUGCAAGAUGUCAUCAACCAACCCAAACAUUGGGACACAAUGGACUAUUAA